AUCCCGCAGCUGCUGCUGCUUUGCCAAGUGACAUACCCAAAAGGCGACUGGGGGAUCUCAAAAAUAAAAUUUGCAGUGCCUGCUCCGCGUUGCCAACGCGCUUUUUUUUACACCCUCCUCUCUUCAACAUGCCGAUGGAUCCAAAGGAUUUCGAGGUGGCACAACCACCAACCGACAGCAUCUCCUCUUUGGCAUUCUCAAGCCAGAAUGAUUACUUGUCUGUGGCUUCAUGGGAUAAUCAGGUGCGAAUAUACGAAGUUCAACCGUCUGGAAAUACAGUACCCAAAGCGGCGUAUUCGCAUGAAGGACCUGUAUUAGAUGUCAUAUGGAGCAAAGACGGUACAAAGGUUUUAUCUGGUGGUGCAGACAAGGCAGGACGUUUGUUUGAUGUAGCGACAGGACAAUCAACACAAGUUGCACAACACGCAGAACCUAUCAAAUGUGUAAAGUUUCUGGAUAUUGGUCAACAGAUCCUCGCCACUGGUAGUUAUGACAAGACGAUCAAAUACUGGGAUAUGCGAAGCCCUAAUCCUAUCGCACAAGUUCAGUUGCCAGAACGAUGCUAUACAAUGGACUCUUCCGGUUACUUGUUGGUUGCAGGCACUGCCGAAAAACACGUCUGCAUUUUCGAUUUGACAAACCCAACAGUAGUUUUCAAGCAAACCAUGUCCCCCUUAAAGUGGCAAACCAGAACCAUCGCGUGCUUUACGGAUCAAAAGGGUUAUGCUAUUGGAUCGAUCGAAGGUCGUGUUGGUAUUCAAUACGUUGAUGAUAAGGAGCAGUCUAAAAACUUUUCGUUCAAAUGUCAUCGAGACGAUCAGAAGAACGUAUACUCCGUUAACGACAUUUGCUUCCACCCUGUGUACGGUACCUUCUCUACAUCUGGCUCUGAUGGAAGUACCAGUUUCUGGGACAAGGACUCUAAGCAACGCCUGAAGCCUUUCGCGAACGUACAAGGAACCAUCCCCUGCACAACCUUUAACCGCAAUGGCACAAUCUUUGCAUACGCAGUCAGUUAUGAUUGGUCAAAGGGAUAUAAAUCUGCACCACCAUCCACUCCAACCAAUAAUCCAAACAAGAUCUAUUUGCAUGCUGUACGCGACGAAGAUGUCAAACCCCGAGGAUCCAAGAAGCGAUAAACCUCUUUUCGUAAGAACUGAUGAUGAUACUGCAUUUUUUUAAUGAACAAAGCAAAACAAGUUUCCCUCUUUUACCCCCCCCCAUUCAAAACAACACAACAUCAUAUUAUAAAUAAAAAAUAUAUAUAGUCAUCUCCCAAAUAUCUAGCUCGAUACCAUGCACCAGAACUGCGGAUAGGCAGUCAGUGCUAUUACGAAAUUCUUCAAAACGCUU